AUGGGUGCAUUCCUCUCAUCCGAAGCCCCUUCACCCCGUCCAGCCAAAAGCUACAUACUUUCCUUUCCAGAAGAAGAUUUCCCCGAAGAAGCAAGCAAAGCCCCCGAGGACGUACAAGAUUGGUACUCUCAUUUCUUCGAAACCUUAUUCUGCCUCCCCCACAAGGACGGCAAGGCCAUGCUUAUUCUAGAGGCGCCAGACGACUUUGUGCCGGACUCACGAGCAAGGCCCGGUUGGGCGCGCAAACGCUUAAGAGGAGCGUAUGAGCUUCUUGGAAAGGGACACCCCAGAAUCGUCCGCUAUCUCGGGCCGCUGGAAAGCGACAUUGGCGUCAUUGUCGAGAGACUCGAGCCUGGGCCCAUUGAGUGGAACGCGCUUCCAGCACUGACUGUACCUCUUCCACAAAACCCGUCACAAAACGAUCGAUUGCUACUGAGUCUGUACUAUCGAUGGGCUUUGCAGCUCGUGUGGCUCCGGUCUGAUUUCUCGCUCGCAAUCACGGGUUUCCUUGCUGCCUUGGCGCCGCAGAUUGAGGAGGAGAACAGACGAGAUCGCAUUGCUAGUGCGAGGGAACGCCUGCAGGAUCCUGCUUACCUGAACCCGAUCGAGCUGGAAGAGUUUGAUUGUAGGGUCAGUGAAGAAGGGUACUACUGGGCUAUUUUUGUCAAAUACCUCGUCAACAACGUCCUCGCAGAUGCAUCCGCGUCGCAAGAUGAGAUGCCUGAUGAAAUUGAAGAUGCACGCCUGGGCAACAUUAUCGCCAACGCUGAAAAAGGCCACUACAAGGAUGCCGCUAAGGUUAUGGAAGACGUCAAAGGUGCAGCUUUGAAGAUGGGAAUCAAGAUUGGGGAUAGUGAUGAGGUCGAUAUUGGCGCCAAGUGGGAAGAUGUCUUUGAGGUUUGUGAGAGGCAGCUGCGUUUCCGCGAGGAGGAAUAA